UGUUUUCACCUUCCUCCGCAUACUGGAUUGAGAGAUUGGGAACCAAGUCGCGAAAAUAGCUUUGUGGCUUUUUGGCGACCUGGAGAGCUUUGUUGGACUAAAAUUGAGGAUGUUGAAGGUUUUGGUGAACUGUGGGAUGUACAUUGGUUUAAUGGACAGUUUUAUAUGAUCACUACUACCGGAGUUUGGGUUGUUGAUGAUUGUGAACCGCGGUUGAUCAUUCAGAAAAACAAUUAUGGUCCGCGAAAACAGCUAUAUCUAGUCGAAGUAUCAGGUGCAUUAUUACUUGUUUCACAAUUUUGUAAGUAUGAAAAACUGGAUGGAACCAAUGCCGGACUUGAGACGUGUGAAUUUCGAGUAUGGAAACUCGAUUUGAUCAGAAGUAAAGCGAAAGAGAUUAGAAUCUUGGGUGAUAGAGCAAUUUUUCUUGGGGUCAAUGGAUCAAUUUCAGUUGAUGUUUCUAAGUCUAUAGGAGUGAAGCCUAAUCACAUAUAUUUUACGGAUAAUUGGAAAGGAGGAGAUGGCAGAGAUAUGGGAGCUUACAAUCUUGAAGAUGGAAACACUCAAAUCUUUUUAGUGAUAUUUGCCCGCCAACUUGGGUUAUCCCUUCAUUGUGAUAUGAAGAGGGCAUUGCGAAGUUGCACGUACCGCCAUUACAUUCUCUUGCCUUUUAGUAUUAGCCAGUUUUGAAUUCAAUCUUAUUUAAGUAAUUUUUCGUUAUACUUUCUCUGAUGAUUUAGGUCUGUGAUAUUCACUAUGCAAAUACACCUCUUUAAUGUGAUAUUCCUGCCUGCUACUUUCUCCUUAUGUAAUUUUAGUUGUUUGUGUUGCUUCAUCUCUAAUGAAACAGUGAGUCGUUCUUUAAUUGCUAGAGUUUUUCGGGGA